AUGCUAGAAAGUCUAAAGAGUAAAGUUGAGGAAGGAGAAUUAGAUUAUGAUGAGAUUCUAAAAUUACAAACUAUUCAAGGGUGGAUCUUUCGUUAUUCAACACAACAUCGUCAAAAAAUGGCGGAAAAGUCAGUUGAUAUGUUAGGAGCAACGAAAGACGUGGAAAGAUUUAGUACAGAACAACUUAUUAAUUUUUUACGAACAAAGAAUUUAUACCUCAACAACAAUGACUAUGGAAAAAUUCGUGAUGAGAGGGUCACCAGUUUUGAUUUCCUUCAAUUAACUAGAGAAAUACUUUGUGCUGAACCUUAG